UCAAUUCCUCACAUUUCCUCUUCAUUUUCCUUUCCUUUCCUUUCCCACAUUUUCUCAGCAGCCAAACGGAGGAGGAUCAACCAUUUCGAACUUUCACCCUCGCACUCUCCAAACUCCGUCGCAAAACGACGUCGAGUCUGCCAACACCGCUGCCAAUGAGCUACAGAAGGGAGCACCGUUCCUCCAAAGCAUCCCUUUUGGAUGGCCUUGAGGAAGGUGGUCUUAGGGCCUCCUCCUCAUACUCCCACGACAUUAAUGAGCAUGACAAUGACAAGUCCGUGCAAAGUUUACAAGACCGAGUUGUUUUUCUCAAGAGAUUAACAGGUGAUAUUCAUGAAGAGGUGGAGAGCCAUAAUCGUUUGCUUGACCGUAUGGGCAAUAGCAUGGAUGUGUCAAGGGGUAUAUUGUCUGGAACAAUGGAUCGAUUUAAGAUGGUAUUCGAGAAAAAAUCAAGCCGGAGAACGUGUGUACUUGUGGCAUAUUUUGUGGCUUUCUUCUUAAUCAUAUACAUUCUAUUUAGGAUUCGCAAAUACUUCAUGCAGAGCUGAACCAGAAUCAUACAUGCUUUUUAUCUCAAAUUUUUGAUCAAGCGAAGAAUGUGGUGCAAAUGUAUCUCUCUCAAACAGCUGAGCAUCUGAAAAUACGAUCUGAGAGCGAUCAUCAGCAGGAACAUUUAUCAUUUCUCUAUAGAGUAUUAUGCCUGAAAGGAUUGCUCAGCCGCUGGAGCUGAGCUGCUUGUUAAAUUGUACAGUAACACAUAAGCGACAUUUGCUUCUCGCUUUACAUUUAUAAAGCCUUACCCUUGCCUGUACUGUUGCACGGUUUUCUUGAUCUCACCGCCCUAUGUUGUUACCGGAAAGUUAAAUGCAGCUCAUCGUUCGGUUUGUUGGUUA